AUGAUUUUCUCGUGGUAUUCUUGCAUGCUUAGAGAUGCGGGGAAUCUGAAGAGGGCAAGCUUUCAAACUCUGGCAUCUAACGAUAGGUUCGUGCUUCAAGAUGUUCGCCAGGGCGGAACCUCAGCUUGUGAUCAGGGACGUCUCAAUUUCUUCAUUAUCUAUCUAUCUAUCUAUCUAUCUAUCUAUCUAUCUAUCUAUCUAUCUAGCUCAAUUUCUUCAUUAUCUAUCUAUCUCAGCCGUUCUAUCUAUCUAUCUAUCUAUCUAUCUAUCUAUCUAUCUAUCUAUCUAUCUAUCUAUCUAUUCGGUUCAUUAUCUAUCUAUCUAUCUAACUAUAUCUAUCUAUCUAUCUAUCUCAUUCUUCUGUUAAUAUCUAUCUAUCUAUCUAUCUAUCUAUCUCAUUCUCCUGUUAAUAUCUAUCUAUCUAUCUAUCUAUCUAUCUAUCUAUCUAUCUAUCUCAGUCUGUUAAUAUCUAUCUAUCUAUCUAUCUAUCUAUCUAUCUAUCUAUCUCAGUCUGUUAAUAUCUAUCUAUCUAUCUAUCUAUCUAUCUAUCUAUCUAUCUAUCUAUCUCAGUCUGUUAAUCUAUCUAUCUCAUCUGUUAAUAUCUAUCUAUCUAUCUAUCUAUCUAUCUAUCUAUCUAUCUAUCUAUCUAUCUAUCUAUCUCGGCAAACUGGUGAAGUUAGUAACUUCCUCCUGAUGUCAUCGCAUAUCUCCUUUCCUCUCGGCAUUGUUGAUCUCUACACCAAAAUGCAUACUUUUGUCUGUGACCCGCUUUUUCAAAGAGGAAUUCUUUCACUUUCAAGCUACUUUGCACCAUCAUUUUCUUUACCAACGGUAUAUCAGCUUGAUCCUCAUGCCCCCACCCGCCUCAAGGGUUAA